AUGGAGGAGAUACAGUCUCAAUCAGAUUUAUACCGUCCAUCUUCAUCAUCUGCAAGUAGUCCAACAAGUAGAGUCCCAUCUAGUCAUUUCUUCUAUGUAAGAAAACCUGGUUCUCUUCGACAACCUAUAUCCUUUGAGGAUUCUCCUGAGUGGGAAGACACACCUGAUGUUGAUUCAAGAAUGGAAGAUGAAGCUGGUGGUCGUGAUUCUAUUAACUAUGCUACAACAACGCCUAUUUCUCCUUCGCUAUCGAAGAUGAAUAGUGGAUCAAUGGCUUCAUCUCCUCCUGUCCCUGAAGGUGGAGGAGCGGCUGUUGUUAGGAAAAUCGCUGGUGCUUCUAUUGCUUGGAAAGAUUUGACUGUUACUAUGAAAGGGAAGAGGAAGUAUUCUGAUAAAGUUGUUAAGAGUUCGAAUGGUUAUGCUUUCCCCGGGACUAUGACGGUUAUUAUGGGUCCUGCUAAGUCUGGGAAGUCUACUCUAUUGAGAGCACUUGCUGGAAGAUUGCCUCCUUCAGCAAAAAUGUACGGUGAGGUGUUUGUGAAUGGUUCAAAAUCACAUAUGCCUUAUGGAUCCUACGGGUUUGUUGAGAGGGAAACACAACUGAUUGGAUCGCUUACAGUACGUGAAUUCCUAUACUAUUCAGCGCUGCUUCAGCUUCCAGGUUUCCUCUUUCAGAAAAGGAGUGUUGUGGAAGAUGCAAUUCAGGCAAUGUCUUUGAGUGAUUAUGCAAAUAAAUUGAUUGGUGGUCACUGUUACAUGAAGGGCCUACGAAGUGGUGAAAGAAGACGUGUGUCUAUUGCUCGUGAACUUGUGAUGCGACCACAUAUCUUAUUCAUUGAUGAGCCUCUUUAUCAUCUUGACAGUGUUUCGGCACUGCUUAUGAUGGUGACGCUAAAAAAGCUUGCAAGUAUGGGAUGUACACUUGUAUUCACGAUUUAUCAAAGCAGCACUGAAGUGUUUGGUUUGUUUGAUAGAAUCUGCCUUCUAUCAAAUGGAAACACACUCUUCUUCGGGGAGACACUGGCUUGCUUACAGCACUUUUCAAAUGCUGGAUUCCCAUGCCCUAUAAUGCAAAGUCCAUCAGAUCAUUUUUUGCGGGCUAUUAACACAGAUUUCGAUAGGAUUAUUGCAAUGUGCAAAAACUGGCAGGACGAUAAUGGGGACUUUUCAGCAGUGAAUAUGGAUACUACUGUUGCUAUUCGCACUCUCGAGGCUACUUAUAAAUCAUCUGCAGAUGCUGAUUCCGUCGAGGCUCUGAUAUCUAAACUUACCGAAAGGGAGGGUACACAGCUUAAAUCCAAGGGAAAAGCCGGUGCUGCUACACGUGUUGCAGUGCUUACUUGGAGAUCGCUUCUAGUUAUGUCGAGGGAAUGGGAAUACUAUUGGCUCCGACUUAUUCUUUACAUGAUUCUUACACUUAGUAUUGGCACAUUAUAUUCUGGCUUAGGUCAUUCUUUGUCUUCUGUUGCAACAAGAGUUGCUGCUGUGUUUGUUUUUGUCUCCUUUGCCUCACUAUUGGGAAUUGCUGGAAUACCUUCACUUUUAAAAGAAAUCAAGAUAUAUAGAAGUGAAGCAUCGAACCAGCAUUCGGGUGCUUUUGUCUUCUUACUAGGACAGUUUCUUGGAAGCAUACCGUUCUUGUUUCUCAUGUCCAUCUCCUCAAGUCUUGUGUUCUACUUCAUGGUCGGGUUAAGAGACGAUUUCAGCUUGUUGAUGUACUUUGUGCUCAACUUCUUCAUGUGUCUGUUGGUGAACGAAGGAUUGAUGCUCUCCAUCGCUUGCAUUUGGCGAGAUGUUUACUGGAGCACAUUGACUCUCAUCUCUGUACAC